CUUUUCUUAUCAGUGUUAUUUCCGCUGUGCUUCGGGGUCUGUUCUCUGGCUGUAAAGCCGUUGGAUACACGGAGGUGCCUGACUAAUGGCAUGUUUCCACAGUGGAAUGUUUCCAUCUGAUCUGAGGGUUCUACUGGGGUUCCAGACUGAGUAAGGAUGUUGGGCCUCCUCUUGUGUGUGAGUUCCCUCCUCCUCCCCCUCCUCUCCCCCUCCCUCGCCCAGGGAUCAGGGCCGAGGGUGCGCCUGGCAGGUGAGAGGCGGGGCCCCAACGAGGGUCGAGUAGAGGUGUUCUAUAACGGGGCGUGGGGGACGGUGUGUGAUGACGAGGUGGAUAUUAACCUGGCCAACGUGGUGUGUCGAGAGCUGGGCUUCUCACGCAGUCUCACCUGGGCUCACAGCUCUAAGUUUGGGGAAGGACAAGGUCUGAUCUGGUUGGAUAACGUGCACUGCAUGGGGACGGAGCUCUCCCUGUCUGACUGUCACUCCAACGGCUGGGGGAUAAAUGACUGCACCCACUCUGAGGACCUGGGUAUCGUCUGUAGCACCCAGAGGAGGGUCCACUACUCCCCUAACCAGGUAGAGGGCUCCCCCACAUCCCUGGCCGUCCCAGUGGCCUCGGCCCGACCACAGAGGAUCCCCAACCUCUCCACACCGCCACGUCUAUCCACAGUCCAAGACAGGGUAGCCCCUCCUCCCCCUGCUCACAUCACAUCCCCCGGGAGAAGGGGUCAUGAGAUCGCCCUCCACCGCAACACCCCCAGAGGUCAGGGUCAAAGUUCACGGCAACAGCGUCGGGGUCAUGAUAUCCACUUGCGUACCCGGAACGGCCAGAGUCAGGCGGGAGGGGAGGCCAGGACGAGACAGGAGAACCCGGCCGUGCCCCAGGGGCAUCAGAUCCCCCCCCGGCUGGGGAAUGGUGCAGCCUACAGGCAGGCCCAGGAUGUGGGGCGGACCGGACCACAGGCGGCCAGAUGGGAGGCAGAGAUCCUGAGGCAGCCCAGUGGGAACCAUGUUGAACCAGAGGCAGAAAUCCCCAACGUUGACAUCACAGACGGACAGGCGGCCAGUAGGGUGAGGCUGGAGGAGGUACGUCUCCGGCCUGUUCUGACAGGCGUCCGCACCGGCUUGCUGUCAGAGGGCGUUUUGGAAGUGAAGCAUGCUGGGAGGUGGCGUCAUGUGUGCGACCAGGGCUGGGACCUCAGCGGCAGCCGUGUGGUGUGUGGCAUGCUGGGAUACCCCUCCGCCGAGGCAUACGACCACACCGUCUACAGGAAACUAUGGGACGCCAAGUUGGCAGAUCCCUCUACAAGACUAGCAGGUCUGUCCAGUAAGAAGGGUUACUGGGUAGAGCAGGUCAAGUGUUUGGGUACGGAGCCUGUCCUCUCCCAGUGCCACUCCCAGCUCUCCCUCCCCAGGAACCAGGUCACCUGUCAGGGAGGCAUGUACGCCGUGGUGCGCUGUGUACCUGGACACCAGUUCACACGCCUCUCCUCGGGGAGACCGCCCGCUCCCCCCGACGUCCAGCUGGGGGUGCGUCUGAAAGCAGGCCCCAGGCUGGGGGAGGGCAGGGUGGAGGUGCUGAGAGAGGGGAAGUGGGGGACUGUGUCGGACCACCUGUGGGACCUGAAGGCAGCCAGCGUGGUCUGCAGGGAGCUGGGGUUCGGAUCGGCCAAGGAGGCCCUCAACAAGGCCCAGCUGGGACAGGGUACUGGACCUAUUCAUAUGAACUCAGUUCAGUGUACAGGCAGAGAGAAGUCUCUGCUGCAGUGUUCUUUCAGGGAGGUUCCUCUCUAUAGUGUAAAACACACUAAUGAUGUGGCUGUGCGCUGCAACGUCCCCAACACUGGGCUGGAGACCACGGUGCGGUUGGCGGGGGGCAGGGAGCCUGCAGAGGGGCGUGUAGAGGUGCUGAUGGAGGUGGGAGGGGUACAGCGCUGGGGGGCCGUCUGCAGUGAGAACUGGGGCAUCAACGAGGCCAUGGUGGUGUGCAGACAGCUGGGCUACGGCUUUGCAAACAGAGCCCACCAGGAGACGUGGUACUGGCCCGGCGCUCCGGAGGCAGCAGAGGUGGUUCUGACUGGAACCCACUGCAUCGGCACAGAGAUGUCCAUACAGCAGUGUCGUAGGAACACACAGGUCUACUGUCCCAGGGGAGGAGAUGGCAAGGCGGCUGGGGUCACCUGUGUUGAGACGGCCCCUGACCUGGUAUUAGAUGCCCAGUUGGUCCAGGAGACAGCCUACCUGGAGGACCGCCCCUUGCACCUCCUGACCUGUGCCAAUGAGGAGAACUGUCUGUCGUCCUCUGCUGCCCGGAUGAGCUGGCCUUACGGACACAGACGCCUGCUACGAUUCUCCUCACGCAUCAUGAACAUGGGCCGGGCCGACUUCAGACCUAGAGCGACCAGGGAGUCCUGGACCUGGCACCAGUGUCACAGGCACUACCACAGCAUUGAGGUGUUCACCCAUUAUGACCUUCUGACCCUGAAUGGAACUAAGAUCGCUGAGGGUCACAAAGCCAGCUUCUGUCUGGAGGACACCUACUGCCCCGAAGGUAUCCAGAAGCGCUACGCAUGCUACAACAUGGGAGAGCAGGGUAUCCAGGUAGGUUGCUGGGAUACGUAUCGCCAUGACAUCGACUGUCAGUGGAUCGACAUCACAGACAUCAGCCCCGGGGAGUACAUCUUUCAGGUUGAAGUGAACCCCUCGUUGGACAUGGCUGAGUCAGACUUUCAGAACAACGUGAUGCGUUGCCGCUGCAAGUACGAUGGAGGACGUGUCUUCAUGUUCGGCUGCCACGCUGGUGAUGCAUACAGUCCAGAGGUGGAGGAUCUGUUUGAGCACCAGCGUCAGAUCACCAACAACUUCCUCUAACCAACGGAACAACAGAAGAAUCAAUGGGAGAUCUCCAUCCAACAGAACAACGAAUGAGAGACUUCAGAACAACCAGUCAACCAAUGGGAGUUCUCAGGGCCGAGCUUUGGAACCACAGCUCAUCUCAACUUACCCAAUCAGUGGAGAGGAGCCGGAGGAGAACCAGGAAGCCGGGGUUGGAAUGGACUGUGGGAGGGAGGGGGGAGGAAUGAAGAGGGGAGGGAAGGGGGGAAUUGUCAAAGAAAGAAUCACCUGAACAUCAAGCAAUCAAGCACCUUCCCCAUCAUUAACCAUAUAUCUGAGAGAGAGAGAGAGAGAGAGAGAGAGAGAGAGAGAGAGAGAGAGAGUAUAGACAGAGACGUAUACAGGACUUAUGGGUAGUUGUGACACGUUUUUCAGUUGGAAUUGGACCAUAUCAAGCUGUCACAUGUGUCAGGUGUCACCAUGGUAACAGGAUUUAGAUUAAAGUAGAGAUGCUUGUCUUGAAAACAACAUGGAGUUAUUUACAGAUUGGAAAUGCCGGAAAAACAACAAGAUAGUUCCCUAAGAUUCAGACAUACUACGGUCACGUAGCACAGGAGGCUGGUGGCAUCUUAAUUGGGGAGGAUGGGCUGAUAGUAAUGGCUGCAAAUGAAUUAAAUGGAACGGAAUCAAACACAUGGUUUCCAUGGUUUCCAUGUGUUUAAUACCAUCCCAUUCACUCCAUUCCAGCCACUGUUACGAGCCGUCCUCCCCUCACCAGCCUCCUGUGAUAUGUAGGAAGGUUACACUAAGGUACAUGAGUAUUACAUGUAUGUUUAUCAAAUCACAAACGGUUGUCAUAUAUAUUGUAUAAGAUGGUUGUACCUAUUUAGUGACAAUGGGGCAAAGCUACCUUGUCUAAAAGGUUCCCUUAGUAAGGUGGCAUUGUCAUACAUACCAAAUGAUACAACAUAAAUAUACACACUAAACACAACAUACGUAUAUAUACACAUUAGAAUACAGAAACACAGUCAUGUGAAGCACAAAUAAAAACAUCACAAAUCACAGAGAAAAACUGUCUCAUUCAUCCACAUAUAAAACCCCAAUCAAUACUUUAAACUGCCCGAACGGCACCAGAACGUCAAGAUGAAAUGGAUUUGGAAUUUGGUUCCAGUACGGUCCAUUAAAAAUAAAAAGCAGAUUUACCUGCCGGAGACCAAGUUCACCAGGUAAUUCAGGUGUCUAUACUUCAACAGCAAAGUUAGAUAAGACGUAGGGCCUUGUUGAACAACAAGGGUGUCUUCCUGCUGGCAGACAUUUUGAAUUUUGUUUAUGUCUGUGUUUAUGUCUGUGUUUAUGUUUGUGUUUAUGUCGGUGUGUAUGUCUGUGUUUAUGUCUGUGUUUAUGUCUGUGUUUAUGUCUGUGUUUAUGUCUGUGUGUAUGUUAUAUAGCUGAGUCUACCUUUAAGUUGUCUUUUGUCUUCUCAAUCUCAGUCACGAUCUUAUAAGAUAGUAUAACAGACGCAUGGAAACGGAUGAAAUUGGAUUCGCAUUUAUUAUUGUAUGUUUUUGUCUGUCGAAAGUUCAACUCAAGUCAACUAUUUCCGGAGGAGUUUCACACGCACAAAGUCCGUCAUCUUGUGUGUUUUCUUUCGAAAGACGAUCAUCUCCGUUGUCCAUUUUCCAUCAACGAAAGCCCUCCAUUGAAAAACCAUUGGCUCAAAGGCAUAGUUUUCCUCACACAAACUUCCUGUCUGGCCACAGCCUUGGUAAUUGAUCAGGGCCCGGUUCCCCAAAAGCAUCCUGAGGCUAAGUUUAUCCUAGAACCAUGGGAUCCUUGAGAUGUUUUUGGGAAACCGGGCCUUGGUAGAUUUCUCUCGUCCUCUUGCCUGUUGUCCAUCCAUCAUCAAAUCAGAUCCCCCUACUUCCUUUAAAAACUGGCCUUCAUGUGCUUUCAUAUAUCUACUUCACAAAUGCAGUAUUUAUGCAAUACAAAUGCAGUAUUCGCUGUAAAAAAAAAAGUGGUGUUUUUUGUUAUAUGGAAAUUACAUUGACAAGUAUUUUUCAUGGUGCUAACGUUUAGCCUUUAAAAAAAUAAAUAUAGUAAUGUAUUGCAAAUGUAGUUUUAUAUGACCUUCUAGAAUAUCGUCCUGUAGGUUUGUAAUUUAUACUUUAAUAUGAUGUACUUUUGACUUAAAACGUUUUGUCCCUUUCUGUAGUUGUGUUGUUCAUAAGGUAACUUUCCCACGAGUCCCAGGUGUUCCAGCAACCCCGGUUGGAAGAUUCCUGGAAUCAGGAAGUAAUAAGCAGGACAUCUGGGAAAUAUAGGAAUCUUACAACUGGGAAUUUUGGAAAAGUUACCAGAUUUUUUAAAGAAAUGUGCAACUCUAGUUUUGUAUUGUUUGUGUUUUAUUAGGAUAAAUUCUGUAGUUGCUGUCAUCAGUCUGUUUUAACACCAGUGAACCUCAUCAUACAGGUAUAUUAUAGUGACCAGUAGAGCUCUGGUUAAAAGUAGUGCUCUAUGUUUUGGGGAUAGGGUGACAUUUGGGAUGCACUAUGGUUGUACCUAAUAAGUACUGCACCUGAUACUUGGCAAUGGUAGAGAACAAUAAACGUCAGAUUUCCAAACGA